UCCUCCAGGGUUUCGGCUCCACCCCACCGAUGAAGAGCUCGUGGUUCACUACCUCAAGAGAAAAGCUGCUUCAGCACCCCUUCCCGUCGCCAUCAUCGCCGAUGUUGAUCUAUACAAGUUCGACCCUUGAGAGCUACCAAUGCAGGAUCUUGGAGUGGGUUCUUGCACUCAAGAUCCAUUUUUGUGAAGAUUCAGCAGUACAGAGAGUUAGGAUCUCCAGUGUAGCACAAUGGAUCUUGCAUAAGAACCCUCGAGAUCCCAAAAGUAGCUUAACGGGUUUGGGAGGGAAGCAACAAGAAAAAGAUGCAAAGGAAGAAAAAUACCUGAACAGAUGCAUGUCACCGUCGCACCGCCGAAGGUGCAUCAAUUUGGCGGCACCGUCGCAUUGUGGAGAGGGGAAGAGGAAGAGGAAAAAGAGAAAGGGGAGUGGGGAAGAGGAAGCGUCCGCGGGAGAGGAAGUGGAACGUGCCGGGAGAUUGAAAGAAAGAGAAAAAAAGAGGAAGGGAAAUGUCCAAGGAGAGAGAAAGGAAAAAAAAAGAAGAGAAAAACUAGGAAGGGGAUGGAAAAAUUAAAAAUUAAAAUCAACGUUACAAUUGAACGUUGGACCACUCAUGUUUAAUAAUAAUAAUAAUAAUAGUGUGGUUUAGCUUAGCUUACUUUACACAAUAGGAAGAGGUCGAGACUUGCAUGUACUACUAUUAUAUAUGUUGACCUUGAAGCUUACAAAAUUAUAAUAGAUUAAAUUGAAUACAACCGCGCGCGAAAUUAAAAUCA